CCGGACGGGGAGCGGCCAAGCGGGACAAGCGGGCGCGGGGCGGCGCAGGGGCGGCGGCGGCGGGCCCGGCCCGGCCCCCGGGAGCUCCGGCGGGGCUCGGGUGCGCCGCGGGGCCUGUUCUCUGUCCGGGCAGGCGCGGCGGCCCCGGUGCCACCUGCGGCUCGGCGGCGCCCGGCGCUGCCCCUGCCCCGAGGGCGCUCGGCCGGGCCGAGGGGCCGCUGCCGGCGGGACGGCCGGUCCCGGGCGGAGCGGCAGCCGCGGGUUGCGCCGGCCGGGCCGGGGUGGCCGGGCCCGGCAGCACCGGAUGCAGCCCGUGACGUUCCGGAGGUGGGGGAGAGACGCUCGUUUGCCCGCGGCGUUUCCCGGCAUCUGUGCCCAUAAUGUGUUUCCUGAUUCCGUGUUUGUUUGUGGCCCAAGAGGAAACUUCCUCGUGUGCUUAAAUUCGGUUUCGUGGUUUACGUGUCGUUUGCCGACAAUGAUUUGCAAGGAACAAAUAGUUCAGGAUCAUUGGGUGGUCUUGAUGUCCGUAGAAGAAUCCCUAUAAAGCUUAUUUCAAAACAGACCAAUAAAACCAAACCUGCACCUCGAACUCCAAGAAAUAUGAACAGGAUGCCUGCGAAGACACAAGCUGGUGAUGAAGAAGAAUUUGAUUAUAACAAGGAGGAGCGAUACGAAUGUAAAGGAGGUGAAAUGUUUGGCAAUCAAAGGAGAUUUCCUGGACCCAUUUUUUGGGAUUAUAAGAUAAACUUGCUGGGGGAAAAGGAUGAUACACCAGUCCAUUUCUGUGAUAAGUGUGGAUUGCCCAUCAAAAUGUAUGGACGCAUGAUACCUUGCAAGCAUGUUUUCUGCUAUGACUGUGCUAUACUACAUGAGAAAAAGGGAGACAAGAUGUGUCCAGGCUGUAACGAACCUGUGCAGAGAAUUGAGCAGUGUGUUCGAGGAUCUCUCUUCAUGUGUAGCAUUGUUCAAGGAUGCAAGAGAACUUACCUGUCGCAGAGGGACUUACAAGCUCACAUCAACCACCGUCACAUGAGAGCUGGCAAGCCCGUUACUCGUCCUCCCAUUGAACCCGUACAUCCUCCUAUCGCCCCACCGCCGGCCGAAAUUCCCGAGCGUUUCAUAAUGCCCCCCGAGAAACAUCACAUGAGCCACAUUCCACCCAAGCAGCACAUCAUGAUGCCACCUCCUCCUCUGCAGCACGUGCCACACGAGCACUAUAACCAACCCCAUGAAGACAUCCGUGCUCCUCCCGCAGAGAUGUCCAUGGCUCCGCCGCCCCCCCGCCCCGUCAGUCAGGACACCUUCCGCAUCUCAACGAGGAAACACAGCAACUUAAUAACUGUCCCCAUCCAGGAUGAUUCCAGUUCAGGCGCUCGAGAACCGCCUCCACCAGCGCCCGCACCUGCUCACCAUCAUCCUGAGUACCAGGGUCAGCCAGUGGUGUCACACCCUCAUCACAUUAUGCCUCCCCAGCAGCACUAUGCGCCGCCCCCGCCGCCGCCUCCGCCCAUCAGCCACCCUCUGCAGCACCCUCCGCAGGCGGCGGGCACCCCCCACAUGGUGUACAGCCAGGCUCCGCCGCCGCCCAUGACCUCUGCCCCACCGCCCAUAACCCCGCCGCCCGGACACAUCAUUGCCCAGAUGCCGCCCUACAUGAACCAUCCUCCUCCGGGACCUCCCCCUCCUCAGCAUGGAGGCCCACCUGUAAAUGUAAAUGCUCCCCCUCCCCAUCACUAUAAUCCCAACUCUUUGCCACAGUUCAGUGAAGAUCAAGGAACUCUUAGUCCCCCUUUCACACAACCUGGGGGAAUGAGUCCAGGGAUAUGGCCAGCUCCAAGGGGGCCGCCUCCACCUCCGAGGAUGCAAGGGCCUCCUGCUCAGGCCCCCCUUCCUGGACCACAUCACCCUGAUCAAGCCAGAUACAGACCCUAUUACCAAUGAUACAAGCAACUAUAUGAAUAGAGAAUGCCAUGAAGAGGAUACAACUAAAUACAAAAGCCUUUUAAUUAAUUGUUUUGGGGUUAUUUUGUUGUGGUUUUUUAAGAAUACUGUCAUUUUGACUGUAAGACAUUUUGAGGUUUGAAUCUUAAGUGAUUUUUAAGCCUUGGCCGUAGGACUCUUAACUUCAAAUACUCUGUAGUGCUAAAAUAAGUGGCUUAGUAGACCACAGUUGCAUUUUAACAGAACUCCUGUUGCUAGUGUGGCUAAAUUGUCCUAAGAUGAUCACUUGUAAUAUUAUUUCCUGGAGAAGAUGAACACGUGUUGUACCAUUCUGAUAUUGUUUUUGUUAAACCCAGUGUUUUUGUUAACCUGUGUACAAUAAUUAAAUUGAAAUAUGGUUGUAAAUGUGGUGAGUUUUUAUAUGAAGUUAACAUACACAUAGUUCUGGGACACCAUUUCAACACAUAUACCUUCCAAACAGCAGUGUAGUGAAAUAUUAAAGGAACUUUAAUAUUUCUCCUACUGCCAUUUACCGUUACUCAUGAGGAUUUCAGGCUGAAAUGAAUUCUUGGCCCUAGAAAUCAGACAUGCAGAAUUCUGCAUUUACCACAUUCCAGCUUUUCCAUUUUUUCCUUUAUGCAUCAAAAUGAAUAUCAAAGAUAGAGCUUUGGGCAUGACAUGAAACCAUGUAUUGUGGGAUUUUUUUUGUUUGAGUUGUUGGAGUUUGUUUUAAAGCUAGUUUUGAUUCAGAAGGUUCUGUUUACAUGUAAGCUACUCAGUGGAGUUGAAUUCAAACUACUGUGUUUACCUAUGGCUGUGUUUGUGUGGAAGUGGCUCUGAACUGGCUUGCCAUGUCCAUGAAAAGCAGCUUCUUUUAGGCAGGGAAGUCACAUCUGCCUCUCUUGCUUUAUAUAAUGUGUGUACAGUAGGAGAACUUCUCAUUUGGAUAAUAUGAGAAAAGUGGUCUGAAAUCCCCUAUGAAGAAAUAAAAAGGUACACAUUAUUUAUCUGCUUUGAUUUUGUGAGACGGGUUUAGUUGAACAGUCACUCAUUAGGUGUUUUGCUUUUCUCAAAAACUAGCAAUAUAAGCAGGCUUUUAGGUCUGAUUUUGUCCAGAAUUUUUGUUUUAUGAGAAUACAUUUAAAGAGAAACAUAAUAUAAAAUGAGAAGGUUCCUUUUUAGUGCAGCUGGUAGCAGAAGCAGACACUAACAAGACAGUACUAUCUAUUGAUUGGAGUGUUUAUCUUUUCAUUUCAUAUCAGUAUUUGCACUGAACCAUUGUUUUUCCAAAUGCCAUGUUUUUGGCAGUGGUGCUUUUAGAUUAAGUCCUUUGGGAUUUUUUUAAAGUUUGUAGUUUCCUACUGUUCUCAAAUAAUCUGAGCCAUCUUAAAGCCUCAGUGUAACUUUUUAUGUAAAAAUUCUUUUCCAGAAUCAUAAGUGUUAAAUUUAUGAAAGAGCUGUGACAGUGCAACAUUCCAAAUUUUGAAUUUUUAUGUCUAAACUUCAUAUUUUUAAUUGGUAGAGCAAGGGCUCUUUAGAUUUAUUCUGUUCUUGACUGCCAUUGAUUUCCUUGUGACCACAGCCAAAUUUUUUAGACUGCCUUUUGAGUAAAUACUUCUUUAGAGACAGGAUUCAAAUAAAUUCUGAGGUAUGCAAAUGGCCAGUAAGUGUCAACUGCUUGAAAAUCUGCUUAGCUGUAACAUACUUCUUUCUAAGAGAGAGUUAUUUGGUUUGGUUGCUCUGAAAACUAAGUAAUUUUAAAUAAAAUACAGUGGUGAAGAAAAAGAGGCUGAUUGUGAUAGUGUGCUAUGAAAUGGGCUGGUGGAAAUUUUGCUGUUUCUAUUCAUGUGAAGGCAGAAAUGGCUCUGCCAACAUUCUUUUCUUUCAGUAACUGACAAACACAUGAGGAACUUUUGAGGACCCCUUCUGUCACUGUGAAGUUGACUGGGACAUUUGUGUUACAGCACGUGACUUCAUCUGUGAGGAAAGCUGCAUGUGUGAUUCUUGUCCUUGGCCUGUGCCAAGCCAAGCUGAGCCCAGCACAGCUGUGCUGCAGGGACUCAGAGGGCUCCAGCUGCCCGCUGGCUGUGCUGGGGCACGUGUGGCUUCCCCAGGGAGGGCUGUGCUCCACUUCACCCCUGCUCUGGGCUUGGGAAAAUCAGACAUUCUGCAAUGAGCUGCUCCCCACAGUCACAGGUGGUGAGGACUUGAGGCCACUCCAUUGUGCUGGGUUUUUAAAGAAAGUCAGGUUGCAAGCUUCUGUUACAUGUUCGCCCAUCUCUUGACCCAGAUGAAGAGUUCAAAAUAGUUCUGUAUCCAGAGCUGUUCUUGGAGUUACUGUUAAAGUGCUUUCCUGAAAAUGCUGAGGCACAUGAAGUGCCUUCACAUGAAGGAGGGAAAACAGCAGGUUUUGCUCCAUCAAGAAGCACAGAAGAUGAAUGUAUCUCUACCAUUGUCACUGUAGACAGUGUGUGAGAAUUUUUUUCACUGUAUUUGAAACAAAGGUGACAUAUGUCAUAGGGACAAUGAUUGCCCAAAAUAUCAGUGGGAUCCCUUCAGCUAGUUAAUGACCAUGGACCAAAAGUCUGUGAUAGAGAACUUAGCUGAAAAGUCAUCCUAUACAGGCAGGUCUUGAACUUGAGUCAAAUUUCUAUAUUGUCUUGUAAGAGGAAGAUUUAAAUAUAUUUUUUUAAUUAUUAAAUCUGGAUUAGAUUAUAUAUAUAAAUCUAUUACCUAUGUAACUAAGGGCACUGUUGAUGUUUCCAUAUUUACGAAGUUUAAAAAUGCUUCCUCUGCUUGAAACCCUGUGUUAACUGUCUUUUCAAUUUAUUUUUGUUUUAGGGUGUUUUUUCCCUUGAUUUGUUGGUUGGGUUGUUUUUUUUAAUAAAUACCUGGUCAUUUUACCGAGAGGUUACAAAAUUCAUGUGUUGUAUUUAAUUGUGCAAUUGACAGAGUUAAAAAUGGUGAGAUGUGAUUUCUUUGGAUUCCUUCUUACUGUAAACACAAACAUUUGAAUUUAAUUAAUUAUGUUUAUUUUGAAUAAAUAUCCUUGUCUGUGGCAGUGA